AUGGCAGUGGCAGCUGGGGUUGGGAAGGUUGAGUUUGGAGUGGUGAUCGUGGUGGCAGUUGGGGUUGGAUGCAAUGGGCUGGGGUUGGGGUCGAUGGGAUUUGUUGUAGGGAAGGGGCGAGGAGUUGGGGUAUUUGAGAAGGAAAGAGAAGAAAGAGGUAGAGAAAAAAAAGAGAAGGGGGUUGGGAAUGAUAGAUUUGGAGGAGUGGUAGUGGUGGUGGCAGCUGGGUUGGGUCGAUGGGGUUUGUUGCAGUGA